AUGGCUGCAUCGAAUACAGGUGAAACUGUUCGUGUCAUCGUACGAUGUCGACCAAUGAAUCAACGUGAAAAUGAUCUACAAUCUCAAACAAUUGUCUCAAUGGAUACACAAACAAAUCAAGUAAUGCUAGAAAAUCUUGAACAAACUAAUGAACCACCAAAACAAUUCACUUUCGAUGCUGUAUAUCCAGAAAAUUCCAUAACAGAAUCGAUUUAUACUGAUUCUGUUUUUCCACUAGUAGAAAGUGUACUUGAAGGAUACAAUGCAACUGUAUUUGCUUACGGACAAACAGGAUGUGGAAAAUCAUAUACUAUGCAAGGAGUUAACACACCUGGGUCUCCACAACGUGGUAUAAUACCUCGAUCAUUUGAGCAUAUAUUCGAAGCAUCAUCUGUAGCAGCUGGUACUAAAUAUCUUAUUCGUGCAUCAUAUCUUGAAAUAUAUAAUGAAAGUAUUCGUGAUUUACUUGGUAAAGAUAUUAAAGCAGCACUUGAUUUGAAAGAACAUACAGAUAAAGGUGUAUAUAUACAAAAUUUAACAUGGCAUCAAUGUACAAAUGUAGAAGAUUGUGAACGAUUAAUGGAUAAGGGUAAUAAAAACCGAGCAACAGGUGCUACACUUAUGAAUAAGGAUUCAUCAAGAUCUCAUUCAAUUUUUACUAUACUCACGGAAAUGUGUAGUCGAAGUGAAGUUGAUGGAAAAGAACAUAUUCGAGCAGGAAAACUUAAUCUAGUUGAUUUAGCUGGUAGUGAACGACAAUCAAAAACACAUGCUGAAGGUGAACGUUUACGUGAAGCUACUCGAAUUAAUUUAUCACUUAGUGCCUUGGGUAAUGUUAUUUCUGCUUUGGUUGAUGGCCGUUCUAAACAUAUACCAUAUCGAGAUUCAAAAUUAACACGUCUUUUACAAGAUUCACUUGGUGGCAAUACAAAAACAUUAAUGGUUGCUGCUAUAAGUCCAGCUCAUGAUAAUUAUGAAGAAACACUUUCAACUUUACGAUAUGCUAAUCGAGCAAAAAAUAUUAAGAAUAAACCUCAUAUUAAUGAAGAUCCACGUGAUGCACAAAUGAGAGUCUUACAAGAAGAAAUAAAUCGUCUUAAACAGGAACUUCUUGGUGCUGGUAAUACUAAUCGUGGUAAUCAAUCAUCAUUAACCGAUGGACAAGUAAGUUUAUUUGUUUUAUUGUGA